UCAGCCGUUCCCCAGGUGUGAGGGGUAUAAAACAGCCGGUUGGCUGCCAAUUGGAGUUGAGACGUCAGCCACAAGACUUCUACAGAUGCCAGAAGUAAGGAAUUCCCAGACCCCGUACUGGCCAGACACCAACAUUUCAUUCCUGCGAACAUCCUCGGAGUACCAUCAGCAAGCCCGUCGAGGGGAGACAAUGAAGCACCUGAGACUAAUGGCUCUCCUCAUUAUAUUGUCCGUCACCAUCAGCAUUUCAAACGCGGCCCCUGUAGUCAGAUGGAAAAACUCCGAUAUUGCCAAUGGGACGUCAGAGAGCGGAUGGGCGAUUGCAGUACAGACCAAACACACCCUGUUCACGCCGACCAAUGGGAUGUCGCCGCUGGUGACCACAAGAGAGAAGAGGAGUCAGAUAGAAAAGAGGAGAUGCAACACGGCGACCUGCGUCACGCAACGUCUAGCCGACUUUCUGGUUCGAUCCAACAACCACCACGAUGCUAUCCACUCACCCACCAAUGUAGGGUCUUUCACUUACGGCAAAAGAGAUGUAGUGGGCCUUUUACGGCGUGAGUCCUUCGAUUAUCUACAACACUAACUGGCGAAUGCCACUCUACAAUCUGAGAACUAAUAUGAAGGGAAAGGACUGACAACUCUUAACUUUAAAUAUAUUUUGAGUGAUAUCAUUCUUCUGAUGUUAAAUUGAAGCUAAAAUGUAUUUCAGAGAUGUCUCAGCCCCCUAAUCCGCCCAGCUGUCUGGUUAUCUCUAUGUCUAGAUCGGAUGCCUCCAACCAGUGGCUUGGGUAUCACAUGUGACUCGCGGCUCCCAUAAGGACUAAUUUGCACUUGCUUAAAAAUAAGGCCUCGGACACGCUUUGUUAAAGCUCUCUGAACGCCAGUAAAAAGCUCCU